AUGAAUCAACAAAAAAUUUCAUUCCGAAAGUCUCAGAAGGAUCAAGCAACCAUCGAAGAACUUGUAAACGAUGCCGCACCUACAACGAUCUCUGUCCCAGAACCUGUGAAAGACCUCAUCUCAGAACUAGUAACAGAGGCCGAAAGAGUAAUUGAUACAGAAGCUGGUGAGAGUGAAAGAGAGUAUGAACGUGGGAAUGUGGAUUCAGAUAGUAGUGAAAAUGACGACAGAGAUGAUUGCGAAGUUGGUGUCGAAGAUACAACAGGGUACAAAGAGACAGUGGAUAUGGCUGAUGUAGAAGAAGAGAACGAACCUGAACUGGUCGAAGUGAUAGUGUGCGAGAACUUAGAAGAACACUUUGGAGAUGUUGCUAGGGAAGAUGAUAAUGAUAACUUGGGUGAAGAUGGUGGAUUUGAUAUUUGGGACGACGAUGCUAUUCCAGACCCGUUAUCAGCUACAUCUGUCUAG